AUGAGGACUGUGGGGCGGGAGCCUUCGCCGCGGCGGAGUCCAAGAUGGCGGCGUGCGGUUCCGCUGUGUGAAACGAGCGCGGGGCGGCGGGUUAAUCAUCUCCGCGGAGACGACCUCCGACGACCCGCAACAAUGAAGGGAAAAGAGCGCUCCCCAGUCAAGCCCAAACGCUCCCGUGGUGGUGAGGACUCGACUUCCCGCGGGGAGCGGAGCAAGAAGUUAGGGGGCUCUGGUGGCAGCAAUGGGAGUAGCAGCGGAAAGACCGACAGCGGCGGCGGUUCGCGGCGCAGCCUUCAUCUGGACAAGUCCAGCAGCCGAGGUGGCAGCCGCGAGUAUGACACUGGUGGGGGCAGCUCCAGUAGCCGCUUGCAUAGUUACAGCUCCCCAAGCACCAAAAAUUCCUCGGGCGGGGGCGAGUCGCGCAGCAGCUCCCGGGGUGGAGGCGGGGAGUCACGUUCCUCUGGGGCCGCCUCCUCAGCUCCUGGCGGCGGGGACGGCGGGGAAUACAAGACACUGAAGAUAAGCGAGUUGGGGUCCCAGCUGAGUGACGAAGCGGUGGAGGACGGACUGUUUCACGAGUUCAAACGCUUCGGUGAUGUAAGUGUCAAAAUCAGUCAUCUCUCGGGUUCCGGCAGCGGGGAUGAGCGAGUAGCCUUUGUGAACUUCCGGCGGCCAGAGGACGCGCGGGCGGCCAAGCAUGCCAGAGGCCGCCUAGUGCUCUAUGACCGGCCGCUGAAGAUAGAAGCAGUGUAUGUGAGCCGGCGCCGCAGCCGCUCCCCUUUAGACAAAGAUACUUAUCCUCCGUCUGCCAGCGUGGUCGGGGCCUCUGUAGGUGGUCACCGGCACCCCCCUGGAGGCGGUGGAGGCCAGAGAUCGCUUUCCCCUGGUGGCGCAGCCCUGGGAUACAGAGACUACCGGUUGCAGCAGUUGGCCCUUGGCCGCCUGCCCCCUCCACCUCCACCACCAUUGCCCCGUGAGCUGGAGAGAGAGCGAGACUACCCGUUUUAUGAAAGAGUGCGCCCAGCUUACAGUCUUGAGCCAAGGGUGGGAGCUGGAGCAGGUGCUGCUCCUUUCAGAGAAGUGGAUGAGAUCUCACCCGAGGAUGAUCAGCGAGCUAACCGGACGCUUUUCUUGGGCAACCUAGACAUCACUGUGACAGAGAGUGAUCUAAGAAGGGCUUUUGACCGCUUUGGAGUCAUCACAGAAGUAGACAUCAAGAGGCCGUCUCGGGGCCAGACCAGUACCUAUGGUUUUCUCAAGUUUGAGAACCUAGACAUGUCUCACCGGGCCAAACUAGCAAUGUCUGGCAAAAUUAUAAUUCGGAAUCCUAUCAAAAUUGGUUAUGGGAAAGCUACACCCACCACCCGCCUCUGGGUGGGUGGUCUGGGACCUUGGGUGCCUCUUGCUGCCUUGGCUCGAGAGUUUGACCGAUUUGGCACCAUCCGCACCAUAGACUACCGCAAAGGUGAUAGUUGGGCGUAUAUCCAGUACGAAAGCCUAGAUGCAGCUCAUGCUGCCUGGACCCACAUGCGUGGCUUCCCACUCGGGGGCCCAGAUCGACGCCUUAGAGUAGACUUUGCAGACACAGAGCAUCGAUACCAGCAGCAAUAUCUGCAGCCUCUGCCUUUGACUCAUUAUGAAUUGGUGACGGAUGCUUUUGGACAUCGGGCACCUGACCCUUUGAGGGGUGCUCGGGAUAGGACACCACCCUUGCUAUACAGAGAUCGUGAUAGAGACCUUUAUCCUGAUUCUGAUUGGGUGCCACCCCCGCCCCCAGUCCGCGAACGCAGCACUCGGACUGCAGCUACUGCUGUGCCUGCCUAUGAGCCACUGGAUAGCCUGGAUCGCAGGCGAGAUGGCUGGUCCUUGGACCGGGACAGAGGUGAUCGAGAUCUGCCCAGCAGCAGAGACCAGCCUAGGAAGCGAAGGCCACCUGAGGAGAGCGGGGGCCGGCACCUGGAGAGGUCCCCUGAGAGCGACCGUCCCCGAAAGCGUCACUGUGCUCCUUCUCCCGACCGCAGUCCAGAAUUGAGCAGUAGCCGGGAUCGCUACAACAGUGACAAUGAUCGAUCUUCCCGUCUUCUUCUCUUGGAAAGGCCCUCUCCAGUCAGAGACAGACGAGGUAGUUUGGAGAAGAGCCAGGGUGACAAGCGGGACCGUAAAAACUCUGCAUCAGCUGAACGGGAUAGGAAGCACCGGACAGCUGCUCCCACCGAGGGAAAAAGCCCUCUGAAAAAAGAAGACCGGUCUGAUGGGAGUGCACCCAGCACCAGCACUGCUUCCUCGAAGCUGAAGUCCCCUUCCCAGAAACAGGAUGGUGGGACAGCCCCUGCAGCCGCAGCCUCUCCCAAACUCUGUUUGGCCUGGCAGGGCAUGCUUCUGUUGAAGAACAGCAACUUUCCUUCCAACAUGCAUCUGUUGCAGGGUGACCUCCAGGUGGCUAGCAGUCUUCUUGUGGAGGGCUCAACCGGAGGCAAAGUAGCCCAGCUCAAGAUCACUCAGCGUCUUCGUUUGGACCAGCCCAAGUUGGAUGAAGUAACUCGACGCAUCAAAGUGGCAGGGCCCAAUGGUUAUGCCAUUCUUCUGGCUGUGCCUGGAAAUUCUGACAGCAGGUCCUCCUCUUCCUCAGCCACAUCAGACACUGCCACCUCUACUCAGAGGCCACUUAGGAACCUUGUGUCCUAUUUAAAGCAAAAGCAGGCCGCUGGGGUGAUAAGCCUCCCUGUGGGGGGCAAUAAAGACAAGGAAAACACCGGAGUCCUUCACGCUUUUCCACCCUGUGAGUUCUCCCAGCAGUUCCUGGAUUCCCCUGCCAAGGCACUGGCCAAAUCUGAAGAAGAUUACCUGGUCAUGAUCAUUGUCCGUGCAAAACUGGUGAACUGCGGAUUGAAGAUAUGGAAUUCAAAGCUCUAA